CGGCCCCGAGUAACGGAAGUGAGUCACGCUGACGGUAAUUGCGUUUGUGUUGCAGCAGCAUGGAGCGCUGAGCUGAGAACGAGGAAGCAACAUGUGCUGACCAUAAUACGUCCCACACACCCGCGAGGACGAGCCACGAGACAAGAGGCGAGGACAAGCGACGAGUACCCUGGAGCCGCACACGUAUAGUCGUGAGUACACGUCGUGUUUAAUCACGGUCACCAUGAAAAGAGAGGUGAAGGCUGGAGUGAACUUCCUCAAAAGCCUGGCCGUGGCACGUGGCAAGCUCAGUGACGCCAAGGCAGAAUUGUUUGCAGAGAAGCUACAGAAACUUUUAUGCAAGAAAUACGAUGACCACUGGUACCCCGACAGUCCCAGCAAAGGUCAAGCAUACAGAUGCAUCCGUAUAAAUAACGGAGUACCCCGUGAUGAAGAGAUUGUGAAGGCAUGCGAAGAGAGCGAUGUCACGCCCAGCGAACUAUGCUUUCCGCGCGAGAUAACAGUGUGGAUUGACCCCAUGGAGGUGUGUGCGAGAUCAUCAGAGAACGGCCGGCCGUUCACUAUCGCCUGUUUUGGAGACGGCAAUCCGGAGGAAAAACAGGCGGACUCCUCGGCGGACUCGGUAAACCUGGACACGUCCGAUUACCACUCUGCUACCUCUUCGGAUUGUAGUUCCACUGCGUCCAGUGACACAGAAGAGGAGGCAAAGGACGGCGAGACGGAGGGAGAGCAGAAAAAAGAAGGGAAGGCUGUCGUCAAGGAGAAUGCAGCAGAAGGCUACAGCUACACGAUACCAAUGGUUCCCAGGAUUCGGAAGCGGCACGGGGAGGGAGCAAAUACGAUUAAAUACGUCAGAAAUAUGCUUCCUGCCACCCUCCAGUACUUCUACCACCCUGCACCAGUGUGGCCUCAGUACAAGAAGGGCGCUCCAAUGUUUCUCAACACAGUGUGCGCGCCUCCGCCGCCUCCACCCCAGCAGGUGUUUGGCUACUACAUCUUGCCGCAGCCAUCUCCUCAGUUCAUUAUGCCUCAAGCCACCCUGCAGCCGUGGGCAGCCGUGAAGGGCUAGAGCCCCCAGGAGACGGAGCAGACGGAUGGAGCAUCACAAGCUCCUUCAACUGAGCCAUGUCGUGUCCGUUUUCUGAGCUCCAGGCUACGAGAUAACUUUUUAAAAUAUGUAUAGCGCAAAGUUAUUCCAUGUACAACUUGUAAUGAUUCCUCCUUUCUUUUCACUUUUGGUGACUUCUCAGACUACUCAGGACAUCUCAGCAAUAUCCUUCACACCAAAUAUAUGUGUCUCUUCAGGUGUUGUUUCUUUUGUUAUGUCAAUCUGUUGUUUCUCUGACCAAAAUGUGAUACAGGGGAUUAAUCCAAGAGUAAAAGUGUCAAUAUCUGUAUUUUAAGAAUAAUAUUUUUACUAAACUGCUUGUAUAUAAUACAGAAUUUUGAUACCAUAUACCGAUGCACAUUUUCUAAUCUCAAUGUCGUUUGUUCUAAUUUAUUUGGCCACCAGUGGAUGGCAAUCAGCCUACAGCUAACCAAUGAAAUAUUUUUGUAGGAACAGGAGCUGCUGUAUUUUACAAAUCUAACCUCACAAAACAUAAACAUGAUUUGAUGUAGCUUAAAUCUCUCAGCUGCUUUACAAAUGUAUCUCUUGUGUGGCCUGAUUACAGCCGAAUGUUGUUUUUUGUUGAUAACUUUCUUAUAGGGAAAUCUGGUACAGCUACAUAUCCUUAAUAGUUCUCCCCCUCUGACUCGUGUAUACUGUAAUUGUUUGAUGAUGUAUUUAUGUCUAUGCAACCUUAAAAUGAUUCUGUUGUUUUGCUUAAACCUUAGCUUCUUAAUGCAGCAGAUUAAAUCCACGAAUACCUGAAA